AUGAUGUUUGAGGAUAGCUUAAUAUGGUUUGUGUCUGGUGGACUAUUGUUUACUACUGUUAUACUGAUUGUUGCCUGUAUAUGCGGAUGUCACAAAUCGAUACCAAAAAAUGAAUUACUUGGUCUUGCUGGCAUGGUAAAAAUUACCAAUCCUGAUGUUGGACCAGAACCAGUGAACAGGAACUUAUCAACUAGUCCAUCCCCAACAAAUAGUACCAAAAGAAGUUCAGCUGGUGCAACUUUAUCUUCAGCCACUAGAAGUCUUCCCGAUUUACCUGUUGAAACCCCUAGAGGUUCAGAUGCUGUUGCCACUGCUGUUUGGUAUGGAGGUGAUACAAACUCUGAACUGUAUGCUACUGUUGAAGAAAAUAAAAAUGGCAUCAAAGGGGAUUCUUCAAAAUAUGUCAGUAACACAAUGUCUCCAUCGAGUGGCACUACAGCAUCCAAAAGUGAAUGUGUCUAUGCAUGUGUGAAUAAGGAAAAUCCAUAUGACAAAUUAAAACAGGAACAUCCAUAUGCUAAAGUUGGUGCGCAUAAUGCAACAAAUCAAUAUCCUGGUUCCCAAAGAUCGGAGAAAGACAGUUUAACUGAGUCAAUAGAAUUGGAUGAAGUUGACAGGGCUCCUGAUCAAGAUAUAGCAGCGGCUAGUGUGAUUGCAGGUGACGAAGCUGCUAGUGUUAACAUUCCUUAUAUGACUCCACCGGUAGGACCUAUAGAACAUCCAUUAAAUGUGCAACUAAGACAGGGACAUUACAGUGGAGAUUCGCAUGAUUCUAGUAAAGGAUACACAAGUAUCAGUGUUCGAGAACCAUUAUCAAGGAUCAUGUCCAGUGCUCGAAAUGGCGGUAUACCAUCGGAUCCUCAUUAUGCUUUUGUCUCAGAUGAUUCUGAUGAAAUGUAUGCAGCUAUUAUUGACCCAAGCAAUAAUGUAUAUACUAGUGGAAGUGAAACAUAUGCUCAGAUACCUAGUGCAAACAAUAUACCAGUUGCUUCAACAGGUCAGACAUAUAAAGCUUCUACAUCGCACAUUAAUGGACCUGAGCAAACACAUUCCAGACAGGAUUCUUCAUCAAGUGCUGUGAGUUCUAAUUCACCUAAGCCUGAAAAACGACAGGCCAAUUCACCUCUACCAAAACCUCCAGAAUACCUGGACGAGAUGUAUGCUAAAGUAAUGAAGAAACGCAAUGAUUCACCAGAACAAACAUCUCCUAUUUUACCCCCCCUAUAUGAUGAAGGUAUUUAUGAUAGAUUGGUUGAACCUAAAAAGACACAGGCGUCAGAUGUUGAUCCUAAUUACGAAGAGUUACGACCCACUAGUCAUGGGUACGCUCGGAUAAAAAAAAUUGACAAACCAUCUGAACCAGACUAUGCAAGCUUGACUAGGACAAUGACUGUUGAAUAUGUUGAAAAUGAUCCAAAUUAUGAAAGUUUAAAAGUAGACUUGAAUGAAAUUAAUCACAAUUCGAUUUAUUCAGAAGUGAAUAAAAGAUAG